AUGAAGAUGACCUGCCUUCUUGCUAACGUUAUUCGGUGUCGAUUGCUGCGAUGUCUGGAGCAUCGGCACUCAUGUCAACUUGUAAAAUGCCCUUCGGACUAUCCUGGAAAGGUUCCAGAUGCCGCCAUGAAAUCGAUUCGCUCCAAAAAGGCCGAUCCAGACGGCAGAGCAGUAAAGCCUUCGGUUAGUCGACUAGGACCAUAUCAACGGGGAAAAACGUCUGAGAAGCCUAUUAAGAAGAACAAGAGUCUUCAAGCUGGCUCGCCUACUUCCUCUAAUCUUGUGGCAACCGCGGCCUUCACCACCACAACUGGGGGUCUCACGAAAGACUGUCACACGCACGAAAUCAGAGUCAAUGAAGAAGCCGCCGAACAAGACGAACAGGCACAAGUGGCUGGUUUAACCCAAGACACGGGUACAUUUCGCCUGGUAGUAAGGGUUGCGACAAUUCAGCACGGAAAAAGUAAAUGGCUUACUUUUGUGUGUUGA